AUGCCAACUGCAACAGGCAGUACCAGCACCCACCAUUUACCAACUAAUGAGGAAUGUGGGAUUCGUGAAGUUUGGGGCUACAAUUUGGAAGAUGAAUUCAAGCAUGUCAGGAAGCUUGUUACUAAAUACAACUACAUUGCCAUGGACACUGAGUUCCCUGGGGUGGUUGCUCGGCCCAUUGGGGAGUUCCGCAGCACAUCAGAUUACCAGUAUCAGCUCCUCAAGUGCAAUGUUGAUCUUCUGAAAAUCAUUCAACUUGGGCUGACAUUCCUGGAUGAAAAUGGGAAGACUCCUCCAGGGUAUUCCACAUGGCAGUUCAAUUUUAAGUUCAACUUGACAGAAGACAUGUAUGCAGAAGACAGCAUUAAUUUGCUGCAGAACUCUGGCAUUCAGUUCAAGCGGCACCAAGAACAGGGAAUUGAACCUGUGGAAUUUGCUGCUCUUCUACUUUCAUCAGGUGUUGUGUUGAUGGAUAAUGUGGUCUGGUUGUCCUUUCACAGUGGUUAUGAUUUUGGCUACCUCAUCAAGAUCUUGACAGACCAGAACUUGCCCAGUGAAGAGAGCGAGUUCUUUGAAUUUCUCAGGCUAUACUUCCCUUCCAUUUAUGAUGUCAAGUACCUGAUGAAAUCCUGUCGCAAUCUGAAAGGAGGUCUUCAGGAGGUAGCAGAGCAGCUAGAUUUGGAGAGAAUUGGCCCUCAGCAUCAAGCAGGCUCUGAUAGCCUACUCACUGGGUCUGCUUUCUUUAAGAUGAAGGAACUCUUCUUUGAAGACAACAUUGAUGAUUUCAAAUACUGUGGGCACCUGUAUGGACUUGGUACAAGCUUUGUCACCAAUGGAAAUGGGUACAUGGAUUCGGGGGAUCAUGAGCAUCCCAAGUCCACAUCUGCUUGA